CCGUAUUCAGCCACGCCUGGUUGUCGUCAAUGCGUAGACAAUAGCUCGUCAGAAGACGCAAGAAUCUCUCCCGAGAGAGUUAGGCGCUAUUGGAUUUCUUGUUCGUUCUACCGUCGAAGCAUGUAUUGUUGCGACUGCGGUGACGACAACGUCUUUUCUUUGGCCGUGUUUGUGUUGCAUUUGUACCUUGCAUUUACGCUUUCUCAGUUAGCUUGGUCCCGUUUGGGGGCUUUGCAUUGGAGACGAGGGGGAAUUAUAGUGACACGAAAGUAGCAAUGAGUUCUUAGUCUGGAGACAACACUGGCCGACGAACAUGGUCCAAGUACAUAUGUAUGGUUCCAAAUUUCACUAGUCCGUGACCAAGGCCUAUCAAGAGGUGAGCGAGCUCUUGUGCAGUCGUACAAUAGGAAGCGUAUUGGCGCGGAACAGCAUCAGGCAAACGGCAUUGCAUGCGUGCUGUCUCUUGAAAAGUGAUGCCAGCCGGCGACAAACUGGCCGUGACGCACGAUUUCUUGCAACGUGAGCGUGCUGGUCAGGCGGCUGGCUGUUUUCUGCGUAGAUUGGGUGUUUGUUUGGAAAUUAGUGUCGUGAUAAUUAAACUGCUGCUCCCGCUCCCUCCUCCUCCCUCUCCUCUUUACCCCACAACACACCUCCAUCCUCACCCUCUUUACGCUCGCUCCUUAUCUGACAGUCUUUUGCGCGGCUUGCUGCACACACUCUCUUUAACCAAAUAUCCUACAACACGCUCUCUGCUGUUGCUUCUCCUCUUACCAAAAGUCACUCUUUACUCUACUACUCACUACCCCAAUGGAGCUCACCAUGUUCUUAACCAUUCUCGUCUUCUUCUGGGGCUCCGUCAUGGCCAAGCCUCUUGAAGGUCGCGCGGUUGAUCCUGCUGCAGACCCUACGCGUGCGUCGGUCCUUAACGUACUUGCGACUGCAAUUCCUUCCUCUGCCCUUCCUGUCCCUACUCUUGCGCCUGGCGAGACCCCACCUGAAUGGUAUCGAAAGCUGCCCGCCGAUGUCAAGAGCCUGCUGCCAAUCCUUUACCCCAAGACGGAGGGCGACGUUCAGGCGGCUGGCACGAGCUAUUCUUCGUCGGCUGACGAUUGCACCUCUACCACAACAAUCACCAGGACGUUGACCAAGACGGCCGUCUCAGCAAGUGGCACCGACAGCCCCGACACCACCGUCUGCACGACUACCACUUCUACUACGACCUUGACCCUCACGCUCACUGCCACUGCUCCGGGUGCGGCUUCUUCUUCAAGUGCGCCUGGCUCCGUCACAUCUACGGGUUCUGCGGCUGUGUCGGUACCUACCGUCCCACCCUCUCUUCUGCCAUCUCAGGUAUCGGAUUCCACCAUUCAACCUUCUAUCCUGCCUUCUAUCCUGCCUUCUAUCCUGCCUUCCCUUCCUCCUUACACCAACCUGUCAGUCACUGUGGCCCCUACUGGUCCUCUGAGCGGAUCGUCUUCUGCACCAUCCGCGACAUUCUCUUCCAGUUCGCCCGAGUUCACGGGUAGUGCUGGGAAGGUCCUCGCCGACUUCGUGUUCAUGGGCAUGUUGGGUGCUGGUGGCAUCUUGCUGGGCUUGGGCUGA